GUCACGGUCACAACACUCGAGAGGAGACUGACACUUCAGAACCUGCGGCGAGAACAGGACGGUGAGGGCUUAAAAAUGUCCUCUAAAAGCUGGCUGCAUCUUAUGCUGCUGUUUGGUCAAGUGUGCUCCAUUUCCUGUGUGCAGGAAAUGCAGACGGAUCUUGAAACCAUUAUGAAGAUAAAUGCUGCUGGAGAAAUGAUGCAGUGCUCUGCAGCGGUGGAUAUUCUCUUUGUGAUGGAUAGCUCUUACAGCGUUGGAAAAGGAGGAUUUGAACGGUCCCGCCACUAUGUGUUGAAGCUGUGUGAAGCUCUCGAUGUCAGCACAGACAAGGUGAGAGUUGGCGUGAUUCAGUUUGGUUCCACACCCAAGCUGGAAAUAAGUCUAGACUCUUACAAGAGCAAAGAGGAGCUGAAGAAAAAGAUGAAGAAAGUCCACUAUAGAGGUGGAAGCACACAGACAGGUCUGGCUCUGAAGUUCGUUCUGAGGAAGGGGUUUUCCGGCGGACACAAUUCCACAGUGCCACGUGUCGUCAUCCUCUUAUCUGACGGAAAGUCCCAGGGGGCAGUGCAGCUGGCUGCCUCCGAGCUCAAGCAGUCUGGAGUGACUCUGUUUGCCGUGGGGAUCCGUUACCCCAGAUGGGAAGAGCUCCAUGAAUUGGCGAGCAGCCCUUCGGACGCUCAUGUGUUCUUCGCGGAGCACUUCAGUGACGCUGUAAACGGAUUAUUCACCACCCUCACCACCUCAUCUGUCUGCACUGCCGUUCCUUCAGGGUGUAAAGUGGAGUCUUACCCGUGUGUUCAAAAAACCCUGGAGACAGUCAAAGAGCUCCAGGGAAACUUCAUUUGCUGGAAGGGGUCCAAGGGAUCCUCAACAUACACAUCCCUCUGCCCUCAUUACAGGUAUAACAAAGUUUACAGGCAGAACCCUGUUGUGUGUCACAGAACUAUAUGUCCAGACCCAUGUGACUCUCACCCCUGUCAGAAUGGUGGGACAUGUAUAUCUGAGGGACUGGAUAUGCACCGCUGUGAGUGUCCCGUGGGCUACGGCAGUGACCCCAAUUGUGCUCCCAUUCUUAGUUUUGACUGCACUGUAGAUGUGCUCUUCCUGGUCGAGGGCUCCUCUGCACUUACCCUGGAAGGUUUCUUGCGCUUCAAGUCCUUCCUGAAGCGUUUCAUGCAGGCUGUACUGAGUUCGGACGCACCUGUCAAGAUGGGAUUGGCUCAGUAUGGAAGUGACGUGAAGAUAGAAGCCAAAAUUGGGGAGCACAGAGACCCGGCAAAGCUGAUCCAGGCUGUUGAGGGCAUGCAGUAUCGGGGUGGCCAGGCCAAGGCUGGAAACGCCCUUCACUACAUCACACGCCAUGGCUUUCAGAGCGCACCUGUGUUCGCUGACGUUCAGGACGACCUGCCGCGAGUGGUAGUGUUGCUCACGGGAACGCCGUCUGCGGACCCUGUGGUGGAGCCAGCGAAGUAUGCAAGGGACAGGGAGAUCUUCAUCAUCGGUGUAGCGCCAGACGGGAUGAGGGCUGAAAUAAACAACAUCACAGCGAACCCACAGCGCACCAUCACAUACCAGUCACCUGACAGAUUGAGCGCAAAGAUCCCAGAGCUAAGAGCCAAAAUUUGCAGUGUGGACAACCAGGGCUGUCUGGGUCAAGCUUUGGACCUUGUUUUUGUGUUGGAUGCCUCCAGUGGUGUAGGAAAGGACAACUUUGUCCACCUUCAAGACUUUGUUCGGAGCACCUCAGUGCAGUUCGACAUCAAUCGAGAUGUGGCUCAGGUGGGACUGGUGGUUUAUGGGAGGCGGCCCAUCACGGUCUUUGACCUGGACAAGUACGACUCGGGCUCUGCCGUUCUGAAGGCGGUGGGAGACGCUGCUUUUCUGGGUGGGAAGGCCUCUACAGGUUCAGCCCUGCUCCAUGUGCUCUCCCAAAGCCUGACUGUGGGGAAAGGAGCACGGCCUGGAGUCAACAAAGCCGUGGUGGUGCUGACUGAUGGGACGAGUGUGGAAGAUGCAGCAGUGCCUGCCCAGAAGAUCCGGGAUAGCGGAGUGUCAGUGUUUGUGAUCGGCAUCGGGGACAUACGGCAGGAGGUUCUCUUCCGCAUCGCCGGCUCGGAGGAUCACAUGAUCUCUGUACCUUCAUAUGAUGACCUGAAAUACUCUGAGGAUGUGCUGGUACAGAUGGUGUGUGCAGACGUGAAGAAACCUGUUAACCUGUGCAAUCCAAACCCCUGUAUGAAUGAUGGCAUCUGUGUGCUGCUCAACGGCAGCUACCGCUGCGAUUGCAAUGGUUGGAAGGGUCCGCACUGUGAAACACGAAGCAGAGAGCAGCCAUCCAGAGGAGAUCUUCCUAAACCUGCAGGCCUGCGGCGCCGUCAGCACAAGGGUGAAAAAGAGCUGCUGCAGCACUAUAAGCAGCACCACAGGAGACAUGCAUCCCCAGUUCAGCACAGAUAAAGAGGAAAACACACACAGACAGAGACACAGCUCAGCGAUAGGAGUUAGAAAUCAUUCUAAAUUCACAUGAACACACAGGUGACACUUCAAACGGGAUGUGUAUCUAUUUCAUGAAUUCUGUAAAUGCUAUUAUGAGGAUUUUUAUUUUAUUUGUGGUCCAUCUUAAGGGGUUUGAUGCUAUUUGUAUAGUUUAUUCAGCAGUGAAAACCCUUUAUGAACAUAUACUGUAUUCUGUCGGAGAUUUGGAGCUGCUUGUCAUAUUGAAAACUCCUUGUUACAGAAAACCUCAUGUUAGAGGCUUACGUUUUUGAGCAUAUUUAUUUUGUUUUUAACUACAGUGGUAUGUUCGUCUAUUUUAAAGCUAUUAAAUGUAUUAUUUUUUAUUUUUUUACUUUGAGCCUAACUCAAAUCCUUUAUAGAGUUGUUUUGGUGCCACCUACUGGAGAAAAUGCAAAUUUCUUCCAUUUCAAAGCAGGAUGCCUUGUGCUCAACUACUGCUUUUGCAUACGAAUUGUUGUCAGUACAAACUUUUAUUUGAAUAAAAAGUGCAUGUU